CCACUUGCUCCUCGCUGACCCAAAACCCCAAUCGAGUCUAGGGAUUACCCUUCCUCUUCAUCUUCCGUGCGCGUGUCCAAAUCACGCCGCGCCGACCAUGUCGGAUUCAGCGCACCUAGAGCCACCGGCGAAGAAGAGGAACAUCGACCCCAUCGCCCCGACUAACCAUCCCUGGAAUCUCCCUGCAACAGUCGACCUCGUCCACCGCUGCGACCGCCCAGAGGACGCCGUUUUGCUGAUUCCCCGGGAGGCAAACCUCCGAAUUGGCGCUGAAGCAAAGAGGGUCGUGGCACGGGUCUCACAAGCAGUCGUCGCCGUCGCCAGCAUUGAUGUUUAUGGCCAUCAGUUGUGGAGAGCUUCAGGCUUUAUCGUCGAAUUUGAUGAAUGCAGCAUGACUGGAACAAUAUUUUCAUCUGCAACUGUAGCUCAAAAAAUCCAGAUGUUCCCUGACAUUAAAAAGAUAAAAGUCUACCUAUUUGAUGGCGCCUCCUAUGAAGCCACCAUAAAAGCUUGCGACAAUCACUGGAAUUUAUUAGUAUUGUCUGUUUCAUUUGAUCGUUCUGUCAAAACCAUGAACAUGGUGGAGAUUAGCGAGAACAGAACUGCUGCGGAUGUCCAUCUUGGUGGAUUUACGCAACAGCCUCACUCAGCUUGUGAAAGCCUUUGUUCUGGCGAUACCAUUAUCGGGCUUGGUCGACAGUCUGAAGAGCCCUUUGGGCUUCAAGCGAACUGUGGAGUUUACAGCUAUGAGCGCUGGUCGGACCUCCCUAGAUUUUGCCAUGAAAUGCAGAAAGCAACAUUUAUAAACACAUAUGCCGCAGUUGGAGGUCCUGCAAUAAACAAAAACGGCGAAGUUAUUGGAAUGCUUUUCCAUGAUUUAGAUUGUACUCCCUUUGUGCCAUCUAACGUCAUUUUAAAAUGGUGGGAACAUUUCAAAAAAACUGGGACGUACUGUCGCCCGACAAUGAGGGUUUUUGGUGCGAAUUUGCAUAAUGCUCGGUCUGCAUCUUGGCUGAAACUUCCCACUUCUUUAUACAAAGGGUCUGAUGGGUUUCUUGUUGAGCUGACAUCUCGAGCUGUUGAAUUGGCGGGAUUGCAACAAAAAGACCUUAUUGUUGAAUGCAAUGGAGAACCUGUGGCUACAAGUUUACAGUUGUUCGAAAUCUUAGCUGAUAAUAUUGGAAAAAUGGUGGAGGUUACUUUUGUGAAGGCUGAGGAUAACAGCAGACGUUCAGUCUAUCUCCCUGUGGAGGAAAUUCCAGAAGCAGACUUCUAUAGCUGGCCAAUUUCACAGUACGAUGUUUACUAAUUUGGAGGCCGUGUGUGCCGUUUCCUGCUUGUCUGGUUCCUGUUUAUUUAUGUGGUGGAUGCUGGCGUCGCAAAAGGAGCACCUCACGCAGUGCAAGUUAAUUACAGAUCAUACGAGUGCACCGUCUACUUCUCUGGCUCGUAGUAUGGAGAACAGUUGUAGAAUAGUCAUGUAUACGUGUAUAUUAUGCUGGGUGUUAUCCAAACAAGUGUUAAAAGAACAAAUAUAGACUGCCAUGUCCUCUAACACCAA